AUUAUAUGUAAAAUUAUAAAUUGCUUCAGAUUAUAUGAAAGGUAUCUGAGAUUUUAUCUGCAGCAAAGAGUGUCAGAGAAAGGAAAUGUCGUUUUCAGUGGUCCUUAAGAACGUAUGUCGCAAGAUGAGUAGAAGCCAUCUGCUGUGCAAAUGUGACCACAUGAUGGGGAAGCCCACUUGUGAAGCCCAAGUGAGAAGAAAAGAUCAGUGAAUCAUACAAAACGUGAAGAGGGAAGAGAGUGAGAAACCACAACCAUACAAACCAAUGACAAAGCUAUCCAGAAUCUCAUCUUCUUGCCUCCAACUCAGCAAUUCUAUUAUCCUAUAUUACCACAUUCUGCUUCAACAUUGCUUUCUGUCCUCUUUUUCUUCUGCUGCUACAAUAUACACAGAUUCUCUCUGGUAGCCAUGGCUUCGGCUACCUUCUCUGUGACCAAACCAUCUCUUCAGGGUUUCUCUGAGUUCUCAGGACUUCGAAACUCCUCUGCUCUUCCCUUCGCCAGGAAAUCUUCUUCCGAUGAGUUUGUUUCCUUCGUCACUUUCCAGACUUCUGCUAUGGGAAGCAAUGGUGGAUACAGGAAAGGAGUGACCGAGGCCAAGCUAAAGGUAGCCAUCAAUGGUUUCGGUAGGAUCGGUAGGAACUUCUUGAGGUGUUGGCAUGGUCGUAAAGACUCUCCUCUCGAUGUCAUUGCCAUCAACGACACUGGUGGCGUCAAACAAGCAUCGCAUCUCCUCAAGUACGACUCAACUCUUGGAAUCUUCGACGCUGAUGUCAAACCUUCAGGAGACUCUGCUCUCUCUGUUGAUGGAAAGAUCAUCAAGAUUGUAUCUGAUCGUAACCCAUCUAAUCUCCCUUGGGGGGAACUAGGCAUUGACUUGGUCAUCGAAGGAACCGGAGUGUUUGUGGACAGAGAAGGUGCUGGAAAACACAUUCAGGCUGGAGCCAAGAAGGUUCUUAUUACUGCGCCUGGCAAAGGCGAUAUCCCAACUUAUGUCGUUGGUGUCAAUGCUGAUCUUUACACCCAUGAAGAUACAAUCAUCAGCAAUGCUUCUUGUACUACUAACUGUCUCGCUCCAUUCGUCAAGGUUCUUGACCAGAAAUUCGGGAUCAUAAAGGGUACAAUGACAACUACUCACUCAUACACUGGUGACCAAAGGCUGUUGGAUGCGAGCCACCGUGAUCUAAGGAGAGCAAGAGCAGCAGCUUUAAACAUCGUUCCAACAUCCACAGGAGCAGCCAAAGCCGUGGCUCUCGUGCUCCCUAACCUCAAAGGAAAACUCAAUGGAAUCGCAUUGCGUGUGCCAACACCAAACGUCUCUGUGGUCGACUUGGUCGUGCAGGUCUCCAAGAAGACAUUUGCUGAGGAAGUCAACGCUGCUUUCAGAGAUGCAGCUGAGAAAGAGCUCAAAGGUAUACUCGAUGUCUGCGAUGAGCCUCUUGUCUCUGUCGACUUCAGGUGCUCUGAUGUGUCCUCCACCAUUGAUUCUUCCCUCACAAUGGUUAUGGGAGAUGAUAUGGUUAAAGUGAUUGCUUGGUAUGAUAACGAAUGGGGUUACUCUCAGAGAGUCGUUGAUUUGGCUGACAUUGUUGCCAAUAACUGGAAGUGAUGACUCAACUUUUGUUGUCUGCUCCAUUUUUUUUUCUUACUGUUAUAUGAUCCGGAAUGUAUAAUUGUAGUUCCCGAGUUUAUAUAUUUGGCUCUACAAUUUUAUAGUAAUAAACUUGAUUCAAACAUGUUACAUCCUCUGCUUAGUUUUAACUCUGGUUUUGGGGGUGUCUUUGAGAAAGAUACAAUAAUUUUUUUAUAACAUAAGAGAAAGAUUUGGUAUUGAAAACUGCUUAUACAGCAAAAGAGCAAACAAUGCAAAAUAUUAAAAGGGGUUAAUAGGCGAUUCGAAUCAGAUGAAAGAUGACAAAGAAGUAGACUCAAUAACCUGAGGAGGAUCUCCAUUAACAUCAUUGAGAAGAGAAGUGGGCAUGUUGCUUAAAAGGAAGUCAUACUCAGAGUCAGAGCAAUGAGGUUCAUCGCUGAGAACCGAACCAAUCUUCAUCUGGUCUGCAUCGCCAUGUUCACCGGUGUUGUCCUGAUGAGCAAAGAAACUGCUUGACAUAUCAUUGGGCAAAGAAGGUAAUGAAACCUCACUGCUUCUACCAACAUGAUCAUCAUAAUCAUAACAAUUAGUGAGAUUAACAGGAAACUGUUGUUCUUGCAAAGAAGAAGAAGAGAUAGGACCAACAAGAAAAUGGCUGUUUUCCGGUGGCUGGUCAUGAUGAAAACAGAAACUAGAAGAUCCCCAAGUCAUAUCAGGUCCCAAAGAGGCAAUAGGGUUAACAAAAUCUUUGUCUGAUGAAGACUGUAGCGACGGUUGUGGUUGUCUUUGUAGAGAAGAGAUGUUUUCAGUAUAGAAGAAGUUGGUUUUAGCUAGAGAUCCACUGAUGGAUCGGGCAGCUGCAUCAUAAGCUAGAGCAGCUUCUUCGGCUGUAUCAAAUGUUCCAAGCCAGUGUCUUUCUUUUGUGAAAGGGUUUCUGAUUUCAGCUGCAUAUCUUCCCCAUGGACGCCUCCUAACUCCAAGGAACUUCACUUCUUGUGACUUGUUCUCUUGUUUGCUUUUGCUCUUGUUUCUUGAUUUCAACAUGUUUCACAAUACUCAGAGAUCAAUGCUUGUCUCUCGAAGUGUCUAGGAGGAUCUUUAGUCUUUGCU